AUGUUCAAGUGUUUAAUUGUAUUGUCUACUAUAUGCUUUAGUUUAAAUUUAAUCAAGUGCAAUGAUUUACUUAAUUAUCGUGCCUCCCCCAAACUAAUGCUGCCUUUAAAGAGCUCGCAUGCCAACAAUGAUGUUACUUUAAAUCAACUCGAUGAUUCAUUGGCUCAGAUAUCCACGGUUUAUAUGCAGGCCUUAUUUUCGGGCACUCAUACUCCCGAGUUGGAUAUGCGCAUGCGUAAAUUGGAAAUGGAAUUAUUUGAUCAAUUGGACUCGUUGUUUAAACAGGAAAGACUUCAGGAUUACAUGAAAUAUGAGGCGGAGGUAACGAGACAACUGAUUUUAUAUAAUAUGCUGAAGAAAUUAUUCGGUUAUACGUUGGAGGUUAAUGAAAAGAAUUGA